AUUAUCUUCUCUUGUGCAGCGAGGGGUUAAUCAGGGGAAGUAACUCUAGCCGACAACGUUUCACAUGUUCAUGUGUUGACAAUGGCUGCAUAGACAGACGUUCCCAGCCUCGGCUAGCUACUGGUUUUAAACAUGGAUCAGCAGGAGGAGAAUCAAGAUGCAGAUCGGGCCAGGGAGAGCGACGAUGAGGACUUGGCCAUGCUAAUGGGGCUGUGUAGCACGAAAGAUGACGACGAAGGGAAGCCCAAAUCUGUAAACGGCACGGCUUUCAUCUAUGAUGAAGUGAUGACUAAGCACAAAUGUGAUUGGAUCCCAGGCUACCCUGAGAAUCCCGCCCGGAUAACGCAGCCCUACGCCAGGUGUUGUGAGCUGGGGCUGGUGGACAGGUGCAAGCGCCUGCAGAUGCGGUAUGCGACGGAGGACCUCGUAACUCUGCAACACUCGGAGGAGCUGGUGGAAAAGGCCAAGGCCACAGCCAACAUGACUCUGGAGGAACUGCAGGAUUUCUUCACCAAAUACGAUUCCUUCUACUGCAAUAACGCUUCCUUUGAGUGUGCCCUGGCUGCAAUCGGCUGUACUCUGGAAACAAUGGAACACAUCAUUCAGGAAAAAGUUCGUAAUGGAUUUGCCCUCAUAAGGCCUCCAGGACACCAUUCUAUGCACAAUGAGUUCUGUGGGUACUCGAUUUUCAACAAUGUGGCCAUAGCCGCCAAACAUGCACUGGAGGUCUUCAACCUGGACAGGAUCCUGAUUGUCGACUGGGAUGUCCACCAUGGGCAGGGCACGCAGUACGCCUUCUACGACGACCCCAGGGUGUUGUACUUCUCAAUACACCGAUAUGAAAAUGGGAUUUACUGGCCGAACCUUCGAGAAUCUGAUUAUGACUUCAUCGGCAAGGGAAAAGGCAAAGGCUUCAACAUCAACGUGCCACUCAACAAGAUUGGGAUGACAGACAGUGACUACUUUGCAGUACUCCAACAGAUCCUCAUGCCAGUAGCUUAUGAGUACAGACCCCAGCUUGUUCUGGUGUCCAGCGGUUACGAUGCAGCACUGGGAUGCCCCGAGGGUGAGAUGGAAGUGUCCCCAUCAGCCUACGCCCAUUUUGUUCACAUGCUCGGGUCCCUAGGUCAAGGUCGUGUCUGUGUCGUACUGGAGGGAGGAUACUGUAUCAAGUCUCUGUCAGAGGGAUGUGCAAUGACCUUGAGGUCCCUCCUGAAUGACCCCUGCCCUCUUCUACCUCCACUACGGGAACCAUCAGACAGCGUCACAGAAACAAUUUUGAAUGUGAUCAAAGUUCUUCGUCCCCACUGGAGCUGUUUCCAGUAUCAGAAGAGUUUAGAAGUGGGAGAGUUAUGUCCCUUUGAAGAUGUCAACACUUUGCCACCAAGACCUGGUGUGGAGUUUAUGACAGAAGAGAACCGGCCAGACACUUACCAGAAUGACGACGCCUACCCUGUACUCUCUGAAGAGGAGACAGACGCUCUAGAUAAAAGGAUAGAUGCAUUAAUAGCAGAGGCAUCCCUUACAUUUGCCCCACACAGGGUGAGAUGGAAGUGUCCCUAUCUGGCCUACCCCAUUCUGCCUUUCACAUACCUCGGGUCCCUAGGUCAAGGUCGUGUCUCGUGUCGUGAAUGGGAGGUAAGGCAAGUACCUAUGGGAAGUGUGGGACUCAGCCCUGCCUACUGUGGGUCAAGGUCGUGGUUCACUUCCUAUACUGAGGCAAGUAACAUGGGAUGGGGACUCCAGCCCUGGCUCACUAGGGUCAAGGUCAGACCUGGUGUGGAGUUUAUGACAGAGAAGAACCGGCCAGACACUUACCAGAAUGACGACGCCUACCCUGUACUCUCUGAAGAGGAGACAGACGCUCUAGAUAAAAGGAUAGAUGCGUUAAUAGCAGAGACAUCCCUUACAUUUGCCCCUCACAGAACCUGCAUAGUGUUUGAUGCUGAUAUGAGAGCACAUAAAAAUAUGAGUUUCAAAGGUCAUCCAGAGCGGCCCGACAGAAUUUCUCGAAUCUACAACCAGCACAUAGAGUGGGGCCUGUACAGCCGAUGUCUGCCGGUUGAGUCACGGUUGGCAACAGAAGAGGAGUUAGGAACAAUACAUAGCGAGGUGUACAUAUCUGAGAUGAAAGAAACACCAGACAAGACCCAGCAGGAACUGGACAAUGUCAUGAAGUGGAGGAUGAGUUCCAUAUUUGUCUGCAAGGACACAUAUCGAUGUGCGCUGCUGUCGUGUGGAAGCGUCCUGAAUGUCGUAGACACGGUGCUGUCUGGCAAGGCACAGAAUGGUGUUGCAAUUGUAAGACCUCCAGGCCACCAUGCUGAGUGCGACAAGGCCAUGGGCUUCUGCUUCUUCAACAGCGUAGCUGUGGCUGUGAAGUAUGCCCAGAACAAGUUCGGUGUCAAGCGAAUCCUAAUCCUUGACUGGGACGUCCAUCAUGGGAACGGCACCCAGCAUGUAUUUCAGGAUGAUCCCAGUGUCCUGUUUAUAUCGUUACAUCGCUAUGACAACGGUGGGUUUUAUCCUGCAAGCGUUGACGGCAACUACACAGAGGUCGGCUAUGGUGAAGGAGCCGGCUACAACAUCAACGUGUCGUGGAGCGGGGGUCGCAUGGGGGACUCGGAGUACAUCAGCGCCUUCCAGCAGAUCAUCAUGCCUGUGGCCUAUGAGUUUGCUCCAGACCUGGUCUUGGUGUCCGCGGGGUUCGAUGCCGCCAGAGGUGACCCACUGGGCGGGUAUGACAUCACACCAGCAGGGUAUGCUCACAUGACACAUAUGCUGAGUGGUCUUGCCAAUGGCAGAGUGGUGGUUCUUCUUGAGAUUCAAGGAAUCAGGAACCUUAUGGGAUUGGAUGGUCAGAUUCACUGA